UCCGACACAUAUCAUGGAGUUCGAAGCUGCUGCGACGACCGAUUUCGCGUGGCCGCGCGCGAUGAACGAGUACGCUGGGCCUGGCCCUCUGCCGGACCGCCCACAUGCGAGCAAGAUCCUUCGCCUGACGCCUGUCGUCCCGCUUAAUGCGGAGACAUUCACCGCGGCGGAUCAUCGGACGCUCAGCAUUCUGUCGUACUUCCACGCGGAGUUUCCUGAGGCGACGCCUAACGUUAAUGGGACAUCCCUCAAGCAGCUGACGGCGCAAACGUGGAAUACCGCACGCCCGCUCGUGGCGCAGCCGCCCUACGAGGUCGACAUCGCGCAGGCUGUGGAUGCGGUCAUACUCAUGGGCGCAGGGGCGGAGGACGUGCCGCGAGGCGAGGUCGCGCGCGUGUUAAAUGGGGCAGUGUUGGGGCUGGUGGUCAGCGAUGGCGGGGUGUUGGAUGUCGAAGGGGACGGGGCUAUUGAUGGAGCCGAAGAUGUGACCAUCCCUUACGCUCAAGGUGCCUCAGCCCCUUCGCCCUCUACCUCCCACUGCGUCGGGCUGGCGUUGGUGCGUGGAGUGUCAUCUGUCGAAACGUCUGGGGUCUCUCAGACGACUCCACCGACGCUGCAGCUGCUCAGCCCUGUCCCGCCCGCCUUACUCGCUUCCACGCGCGUCCUCGUAAAGGGCACCCUCGAGCUCCCUAUCUGGGGCAUGUUGGACUGGAUGGAUGAGGAGCGGGUAGCGGGCGUCGAGCGCGAGCGGGUGCCGUAUCUGCAGUGGGGGAAGGGCGAUGGGAUCGGGGCUGAAAGGAGGAGGGUGAGAAGGAAUUUGAUGCGGAAGGCGCAAGGGUAGGGGUGAGCGUUGGAUUUAAUGGUAUGGCUAAGGAGAUUAUGUGUCUGCUAUGUACAGGUUCCGUACACAGAUAUUGUGUAUCACGCGUGACACUCCUUCACG